GCUACCCAAGAUGAUGCGUUAUACGUUCACGCGCCUUCUUUGCUUACUUGUGUUCGUACAAUGGUCGUUUUUAGUAGAAGGGUCUCACUUCAGACAUGCCCUUAUGAGCUUUGCUCCGACUGAUGCUGAUAACAACACGAUACGGUUUACCUUCCGUCUGGCUUUUCGAAGGUCAUUUUCUUCAUAUCAGUGUGAUGAGAACACAACUAAAGUAGGAGGAAUUAUUGGAUCUGGCAAUUAUUGGAGAGCUAAGUGCAGCGAUCCUUUAAAUGCAGUGUGUUGGACCACUAAUAUUGCUGACACUGGCUUUCGCUGUACUGACUUCAGUCGCGAUGAAGACUGGUCCAUGGGGGAAAAUAACUUCACCUACACUUUUCCGUCCGGCAUUCUUGAGUGGAAUGUGAGAUACUACAGUUGCUGUUGGAUUUCUAAUCUUGUGCGAUAUGCUAACUCAGCCUGGUUGAUAGCUACCAAUAUAAGUCUUUCUAGAAGAUCUGAUAAUGGUAAAAUCAACUCAGCUCCAGUCUCCAGGAGCCCGGCUAUUGUACGGUUUCAACAGGGUUGUCAAAAGUCUCUUAAAAUCCCAGUUGAAGAUCCAGAUGGCGAUUUUGUGAAAUGCCGUUCGGCAACCGACGCCGAGUCCUCCAUACCAAGAGAUAGCUUCCCUCACGGUGAACUUGAUGAGAAAAACUGUGUUUUAACUUACAAAGGUGGAUAUGGAGCAUCGGGCACUUACGCAGUAACCUUAACCUUGGAAGACUUUCCAGCUGGAACCACAAACUUCAAUAACAUUAGACCAUUCAGUGCUGUGCCACUGCAGUUUCUUGCCAUAAUAAGCGUUGGAUCUGGUUCUUGCCAAGACAUACCUGUUUUUACUGCUUCCACACCUAAAAAUGGUGAAUGCUCAGAGAUUCAGAUUGGUUCAGUAUAUAAAGCAGUAAUUGAAGUGCAGCAUCCAAACAUUGCUAAACAUAUCGUUGAGAUAACCACAAGCUCUCCAUUUGGAAUGCAAUCUACCUCAUUAAACUUCCACGGAGGCAUUUUCUACAAGAAUGUCACGUGGUAUCCGAAUAAGAACCAAGUUGGGCAGCAGUUGUUCUGCUUUCAAGCUUUAGAUUCAGACGGAGUUCAAAGUGAAUGGCGUUGUGUCACGAUCCUUGUGGGGCUAAGUAAUACGCCUCAUGUUAUUUUGGGUACACGAAGGCCAAUAAGCCCCAUAAGUGAGUUUGGAGCUGGACUAAUAUGGUGGAGUAUUCAUUUUGACAGAGUGAUAAAGAAGCCUAGAAGCUCAGCAUUCAUCCGAUUGGUUCUGCAGUCAAAUGGUGUUACCGUCUUCAAAGUGAAUGCCCUUUCUGGUUACGUUAUUAUCGACAAUAACCGCACAGUACUGCAUUUUGCCACCCCUAAGGCUGCACUGAGCAUGAACGGUUCAUAUGCCAUCUUGAUAGAUCCUGGUGCAGUAGUUGGGCAGGGCUGCUCGUAUGAUGGUCCACCAACACCUGGUAUAACCUCACCCAGAGACUGGGCCUUCCCCGUAGAUGGUGUCUGCCCUCUUGGUUAUGCUCUGGUUUCUCCAAGUUUUCAAAAGUGUGAGGAUAUAGACGAAUGCGGCGGACAUCAUCGGUCAAAACGUUCUUAUUGGUGGUACAACGUGUUUUCCCAAAAUUCAGGUAAUAACUCUACGUCAACUGCAACCAGGAUAUCGCCUUCUCCAGAUAUCUCACAAGGCAUAACACCUACCUCAGCUGCUCCAUGGGCAUCCGCCAGCGCAGCUCCUUCAUUUCCUUCAGAAUGCUAUUACUACUCAUACCUAACAGAGGAAGAAAGAAGCAUGGGUUACUAUAACCGCUCAAACGGAUAUCUCAUAUGUGAUUACUUCUUACCGUUUGGAUGGUAUCGAUUUGGUGGUGCAGCGGGAACAGAGAUGCCUACGUCCUGUGUAGGACAAUAUCGAUGUGGCACCCGUUCACCGGGUUGGUUGAAUGGCUCGCACCCGAGAGCAACUGAUGGAAUUGUCCGUGCUAAAGUGUGUUUCCAUACGAAUUCUGAUUGUUGCUUGUGGUCUGCCAAUAUCCGUGUUCGUAACUGCAGCGGUUUCUACGUUUACGAGUUUGUGUCCAUGCCAACUUGUUAUAGUUAUUGUGGUAAUGGUGGAGCUCUUAACUCAACUAGUACCGCACCUACAUCCUCCCACUCUAUUGCCGCUGUCACCCCAGCUACUCCUGAUAUCUCACAAGGCAUAACACCUACCUCAGCUGGUAUAUUUUGUUUUAUUCUUCCUCUACGACUACAACAACCACUUCUACUCAGUGAUGACGUAACUCUUGAUAAAUGCUAUAAUUACUCACACCUAACAGAGGCAGAAAGAAGCAUGGGUUACGAUUACCGCUUAAACGGAUAUCUCAAAUGUGAUCGCUUCUUACCGUUUGGAUGGUACCGAUUUGAUGGUGCAGCGGGAACAGAGAUGCCCACGUCAUGUGUAGGACAAUAUCGAUGUGGCACCCAUGCACCGGGUUGGUUGAAUGGCUCGCACCCACGAGUAACUGAUGGAAUUGUCACGGCUAAAGUGUGUUUCCAUUGGGGUUCUGAUUGUUGCUUGUGGUCUGCCAAUAUCCGUGUUCGUAACUGCAGCGGUUUCUACGUGUACGAGCUUGUGCCCCCGCGAGGUUGUCACCUUCGUUAUUGUGGUAAUGGUGGAGCUCUAAACACAACUAGUAUCGCACCAACACCCUCCCACUCUAUUGCCGCUGUCACCCCAGCUACUCCUGUGCACGGAAUCCAACCGGCACCUGCCUCUGCAAUGACAACGAACUUCUAUGCUGUUUCAAGUGUAAAUGUCCAGCCAGAUCCUUCCCAGUUCCAGUUGCAUUUACCGGCGCAAUGCGAACAAAAUUGUCACAACACGUUAGGAAGUUACACUUGCUCUUGCGUUAGUGGAUACCAACUGGCCGCAGACGGGAAAUCGUGCUUAGACGUUGAUGAAUGUUCGAUCAGUAAUGGUGGCUGCAGCCAUCAUUGUUACAAUAUCCCCGGAUCAUUUUAUUGCGGCUGUCCGGAAGGAACCAGUAUGGGUGCUAACAAUUUGACUUGUGCUGAACCUGGUGUUUCUGUUAACUGCAGUGACAUUAUAACGGUUGCAUUAGAAAAGAAGACAUUUCCAUUUUUUGACGUUGCCCGACUACACUUGAGGUACUCCUCGUGUAAAGCCACACAGAAUGACACCCAUCUGCUGAUCAGCACUCCUUUGAAUGGUUGCGGAACACUGUUGAACGAUACUGAAGAUGAUCUUAUCUUCUGGAAUGAAAUCCGAACGGAGGUGGUCCUUAUCGACAAUGUCAUAACUAGAUCACAUGACGUCAAAAUUCCAUUUUAUUGUAGUUAUUCGAGAAGGAAAUGGGUCAACCUGGGUUUCAAGCCUCAGCAUCUACACUUUGGAACAGAAGCUGGAUAUGGAAACUUCACCUUUAAAAUUGACUUUUACAAGAGUUCGUCAUUUGCCACACCCUAUACUGAGCAGGACUACCCCCUGAGUGUGGCUGUCAAUCAGUACUUGUAUGUGAAAUACAGUGUAGAAUCCAGUGCUGAUCUGGUGAUAAUGGCCGUGACAUGUAGGGCCACUAAAACUGGGAGCUUGUACUCCUGGCCACAAUACUCUAUUAUACUGAACGGAUGUCCGCAAGAUACCAGCAUGGAAUACAACUUUGAUCCCCAAAGGAAUUACCAGCAGUUUAAAAUCAGAGCAUUCAGAUUCUUUAAGGACUACGAUCAGGUGUACAUUCACUGCGAAGUUUUGGCCUGUCAUAAAUACUCUCCAAACUCCAGGUGCACCCGAAGUUGUGUGGGAAGUAAGAAUAGAAAGCGGAGGGAUGUUACCCGUGACGAAACAGAACAUGAAGAGAGUACUACCAAAGUCACUCUGACACGAGGACCACUAAUAUUUCAACAGGACGAAGAACCAGGAGGCAAGUUCACAUAUAAUGUGAAAAAUAAGGGAUUGAAAUAGAUAAAGUUUUCUCAAAUACUGCAGAGCUUGUGUAAGACAUGCCAACAACGCCGGCUGUCUUGCCUAAAUUUCAAAUUGGGUAGUUUGUCACUGGUUCAAAAAUGAUAAUGAUGAUGAGGAAAACUUUCAAAACACAGCUUAAAAAAAGAAAGUCAGGUCCUAAUAUGUAAGUCGCAUUUUCAUUUUUUCUAUUGUCAAAAAUAAAAAUAUGAGUAUUAAAGGACUGGGAAAUAGGUAAACUAAGGCGAUUUUAAAUCAAGUUAACAGUUGAUUUUAGUUUCUUGCUUAUAAAUAUUAAGUUAUUUUCUUCUCUCUUUUCCACAACUAAUUUCAUUAACAGAAAUAAGGCAAAUUAGACUGAGCUAUUCGUUUAAUUUCAAAUGUUUCCCUUUCUUCGGUCCUCGCUUGAGCUUUGAUUCCUCCCCUGCGUUCAAAUUUCAGACUCAGGUCAAAACAAGCAAACUGCGCUGAUUGGUGGCGUAGCAGGCGCUGGGGGAUUUGCUCUAGUUGCAGUUGCUGCAUUGGCUGUCUUAUUUGUCAAGUACCGCAUGGCACGACGGUUCAUGAACAGAAACAAGGUUGGAGACCAGUACGCAACCCAAGAUGAACAACUAAGCAGAAGAAAUGCUUACGUUCAGCCUGAAGACAUGGUCGAACAAGAAGACUCCUUCUAAAUAUAAGCUUUUUUCAGGGCUCACUUGCUCAAAGGACAGAACGCUGUCCGACGGAUAAAUCACUAACCAGUGGAGAAGUGAGUAUAAACCGUACUGCGCUAUCCACUGGAUAGGGAUUUAUCCAAUAAGAAAGCGUUAUCCACCCUUCGAACAAUCGAAGCCUGCAUUGUUUACUUAUCUCCUUAUCAAGCAGCAAAUACAAAUGUAGUUCAAGAAAUUUCUUAUGGCAGUUACGAGGUUUGAGUGUUUUCAUUGCAACCUCUAAUAGAAAUAAACAUUCUCAUCCAACUCCUGGGCAAUUUAGCCUGAGCUUACGUAACUUUUUUGUUAACUUACACCUUUAAAGUGUGCAGUCUCUUACAGACUGCAGGCCUUACUCCGGAUAGAUCACUUUCAUCUAUAUAUAGAGAGAAUGUUUUUAAGAAUAUGUAAGCCAAAACUGUAUAGAUCUUUGAGCUGUACCUUAAUUUAAGAACCUUUCAUUGUUGAAAGGCAAUUUUUAGAAAGCAAACAAAAUUGAAUGGGAGAAGUUCUUUUUAACCAAGCUGUUUAUCAUUUCUCAUUUUCAAACCUGCCUUUUCAUUCGCAUUUUUGUGUUCAUUAGUUUUAGUCGCUUUAAAAUAUCGAAAAAAUUAAAUAAGUGCACUUUA